AUGGACAAGCUCAUCUCUCUCUUUGUUUUUUCAGCACUCUCACAGAUUGUAGUGUCUCAUGUUCCCACUGAGGCGUCUUUGAGAGCCAACAUUGAGUUGGUGUCAGGACACUCAAGGAUCUUCUCGGGGGAGACAGCCCGCCUGAGAUGCAGUAUUCCUGAUGUGCACAGGUCUAACUGGACUUACCUGUGGUUCAGGGGGUCUGAGGAGCUCUCACAGACUGGGGAGGAAUUAAAUCUGAGGAAUACCAAAGUUCAAGAGAGCGGGAAAUACUACUGCCAAGGAACAAGAAAUACGAAGGUGGGAAAGAUUCGCACCCAGCAAAGUGUCCCUGUGGAGCUCAAGGUGGACGGUGGCUGGGCGAUUCUGCAAGUCCCACGACAUCCUCAACUUGUCAGGAGCACAUUGGAGGUGACAUGUCGUGUCAGAGGGAACCCCCGACUUGAAGAGAUUAUUUUGUACAAAGAUGGCGUUGAAGUAAUGAGACAAAAUGGUCACAAGCCAGAUUUCCAUCUGACCAACUUGAGCCUUGAGGACCAAGGAGUAUAUUCUUGCAGGGCUUCCUGGGAUGUGAGGGGACGAACACUCUCUGUCACUUCUGCUGGCGCUCAUGUACAGAUCUUAGAGGUUCUGUCAAAGCCAAUUUUGAAGAUCAUCCCCAACUAUGAUAUUCAGCUAAAGAGGAUGAAGCUCAUUUGCCAUGUGCAGUACAGCGCCCCUGCUCCUGCCCCUCUGAUAGACUUCUAUUUCUACAAAAAUAACAGGCGACUGGGACCUGCAACAUCUGACAACUAUAAUGUAGUGAAACAGACUCCAGGGCUGUACAGCUGCAAGGCCAGGGUGCCUCAGUUGGGCCUCUCGAAGUCCAGUGAACCCAAAAACUUUGGACUAAGAGUUGCACAGCCUCAGAGGCCAUCUCAUCUCUGACCCAACGGAACUUGAGAAGAUGCCACCUCUUCAUCCUGGACUCCAAAGGCCAGUAUUUCGCCUUGCUUCAGCCACAGAUGACUUCCCACCUGCUGCUGCUUCAUUAUGGAGGACCACAAGAGCCACGCGCAUCGAAAUAAAAAAUUUUGUGCUUAAUUUUAA